CCUUACUCUCCAUCGAUGAAGCGAAUUCUGCUAAGAAUGUUCCUCUGUUUAUCGAAGAUGGCGCUACUGCUAAGCUCAUUGCGGAACAUCUGAUCCAAGAUGUCUACCGCAAUGUUAGCACGUUGUGUUUUUGGUCAGCAAAUAUCUAGUUUCGUUGGUUUAACAGCCUCGGCGUUGUCUCAGGUGCCAAGGAGGUACAAAUGGAAAUUAGUGAAGCUACCGGAAAUUGGCCGGGGCAAAGCUUUUCGACGAAUUGUCCAUUAUAAAGAUGAGUAUACGGUGGAGCCUUUGGAAGUGACGAAUUUGGCAGGCAGGGAUCCUGUGACAGGUAGAAUCGUAGUUAAAGGCAUUGGGGGUGGAAUAAAGCACAAGUAUCACUGGAUCAAGUGGAUCAGGGAUGGACCGGAAGACCUUAACGUGCCACCGAAGGAAGAAAAGGUUCUGGAUGUAUUCAAAGACGGCUGUAGAACGUCUUUCGUCGCGCUAGUCGGUUCCGAUAGCGAACUCAAGUACAUUUUGGCUACGGAGAACAUGAAACCGGGCGACAUAAUACGCACUCAUCGAGGAAUACCACGUAUCUCUGUUAGAGCCUCAGAGGGAGACGCCUAUCCUCUCGGCGCUUUACCCAAUGGAACUGCGGUUCACUGCGUGGAGAAAUACCCAGGCUUGGGCGGUUUCUUAAUUCACUCCGCUGGCACUGUCGGAUGUAUAAUAAAGCGGGACGGGGAUCGCGUGAUAGUACAGAUGCCCAGCAAGAAGCUCUUUAGUUUGCAUGAAACGUGUAUGGCAACGGUCGGUCGAUUGUCGAACGUCGAACAUGAUUCCACACCGAUUGGUAGCGCGCAGAAGAAUCGGGAAUUAGGAAAUCGACCGAGGAGUGGUCUGUGGCAACGGAAGACUGGUAGAUUCGGUCGCAAGAUCAAGCCGCCGCCUCGCGUACAACUUAAGGGUGUUAACGCACCGCCCGCUCCCGUAAAAAUCGUUUUAAAUAGUGUACAUAAUUAUUAAAUUACGUUAGAUCAUAGUUUUGAAUUAAAAUAAAGGAAGACAUAAUAAAGAAAGAUUAUUCGGAACAUU